UAGGAGGCCGAGCCGAGUCGAGCCGUUUGCUGAAGGGAAGAAACCCAAAACAAGGCUUGUACUUUUACCUUAUCGCUUUCAAACAAGCGCCACUUUUAAAAGGAAUUUACCCUUAAAGGCGCCAGCUCAGCAUGGAAAAUCAGAAGUGGUAGGGUCUUUGUGACUUGAGGUGUGGGAGCGAGGCUGCUCCCUGUUUCCACCCGGUGCUUCCCUGCCCCCCGCCCUCCUGGACGUCCCCGAAAUGACCACAGGGGAGUGUUGCCACCUCCCAGGCUCCCUGUGCGACUGCACUGGCAACGCUGCCCUGUCAAAAACCGUGGAGGAUGCUGAAAACCGCCGGGCCCAGUAUGUCACCCAGGUCACGGCCAAGGAUGGACAUCUACUAUCUACUGUUAUCAAAGCCCUGGGCACCCAGAGUGAUCGGCCAAUUUGUCGGAUCUGCCACGAGGGUCAAGACGUGUGCAACAGCGAGGGGCUUCUCUCCCCGUGCGACUGCACCGGCACAUUGGGCACGGUCCACAAGAGCUGCCUGGAGAAAUGGCUGUCCUCCUCUAACACCAGCUACUGUGAGCUGUGCCACACUGAGUUUACCAUUGAGCGCCGGCCCCGACCCCUCACAGAGUGGCUCAGGGACCCGGGCCCCCGGAAUGAGAAGCGCACCCUCUUCUGUGACAUGGUGUGCUUCCUGUUUAUAACGCCCCUUGCAGCCAUCUCAGGCUGGCUGUGUCUACGGGGUGCACAGGACCACCUGCACUUCAACAGUCGCCUGGAGGCAGUCGGCCUCAUCGCUCUGACCAUCGCACUCUUCACCAUCUACGUCCUCUGGACACUGGUCUCAUUCCGCUACCACUGUCAGUUGUACUCAGAGUGGAGACGAACCAAUCAGAAAGUCCGCUUGCUCAUUCCUGACACCAAGGGUGCACACUCUACCCAGCAUUCCUUGCUUUCCACAAAGCUGCUGAAAAAGACAGCAGACGAGACCAUAGUAUGAGAGACGUGGUACGGGGGAACGGGGCCCGAUCGCGGUGGUAUUAGCGUGCUACAUGUUCUUGACGCAGCUUCGUCAACUAGAGCCGUGGCAUUAUGGAUGCAUUAUUUUCUAUUUAAUCCUUUUUAUCUAAAUAUGUGAGCACUUCAUUUAUUUUAUUUAAAUUUUUUUCACCAGUCUCUUUUAAUGUUUUAUUUUUGGAGCCUUUAUGAGUGUGUUGUUUAAAGACACCUUUUAUUUAUCAGGGGCUUGAACAGCCAGGCUGAGGCCCCAUACUGUUCAGUAUGCAUUGUAUUUGAAACAAUCGGAAAACUAACUUAUGUGUAUAGACGAUUCCUUUGAGCACAGUGGCGGGGGAUUAUGACUCAAGUACAUACGGCUGCUGAAGCUUAAAACCAAACCUUUCUUUCGUUUUCGAUAUAUAGUUUUUCUACUCUCCUACCUUCAAGUACUUUCCAUCUGAACCCGACGGAGUCGCACCUAAGCGAACUUAGUUCUUGUGACUCCUAUACAAUUUAGUCAAGAUAUAAAUGUAUAAAUAUAUACACACUAAGUUAACAAGUAAGCUCUAAGCUUCGAUCGACAUGGGUAUUACAGGGCCAUAUGCUUGAGCAAUGAAUGUGGAGGCUGAUGUAUAUCUGCUGCGGCGUAGAGGACGCUCAAGCUCAUCCAGAGCGAGAAAGGCAAAAACAAAAAAAGAGAGUGCAAUAACACGCCGCCAUUGUCAUGAUUAUGCUGUGGGCUGUUUUUCCGAACCGAAUGGUCUCCGAACAAUGUAAAACAACAUGCGGUGAUUCUAAAGUCGUAGCAUUUUCUGACAACGUAGCCUAGAUGUGAGCUGAACAAAUGUAGAUACGUAUACGCUUUUGGGAUGCAAAUAUGUGGCAACUUUAUGUUGUCGAGUUGUAGUAAGUGCAGAUGCAAACAGACCUCUACAGUUCAGAAUCAUUUUCAAAAUCUUUUUUUUUUCCUUUGUUUUUUUGGUGUUUGAAGACAAAUGUAUUUGUGUGUUUACAGUAUGCAUUUUGUAAGCUCUGCCUAUUUGUGCUGUUUAGAAGGUAUCAAAUGGCCGAUGUUGAGGAAGGCAUACUUGGGAUUUUGUAGCAGUUUACUUAGUGGAAGAUGCAGGUCAAGCCGCAGAGGAAGAAGUAAUCAAAUAGCUAAACAUCAUUGCCAGACCAGUAAUGAAACCGUCAUCCAUGAAUGACUCUACAGUAUUUAGGCAAAGGCGUCUUUUAGAUGUGUGUCGUAUUGGUGCAAGAACAAUCUGCAGAACACCAUUCA